CUCAUGGAAGAACUAUCAACUCAAACGCAAACCCUAACCCCCCACGAGCUCUCCACCCUCUCCCCCAUCAUUCACGCCCACCACACCUUCCCCCACCGCCGCCCCGCCACCUGCACCUCCCUCAUCAUCCAACGCAUCCCCGCCCCUCUCUCCGCCGUCUGGCCCAUCAUCCGCAGCUUCGACAAUCCCCAACGCUACAAACACUUCAUCAAAAGCUGCAGCCUUUCCCCCGGAGACUCCUUCUCCGUCGGCUCCGUCCGCCAAGUCACCGUCGUCUCCGGCCUCCCCGCUUCCACCAGCACCGAACGGCUCGAAAUCCUCGACGACGACCGCCAUAUUCUCAGCUUCAGCGUCACCGGCGGCGAGCACAGACUCAAUAACUAUCGCUCUGUGACCUCCGUUAACGAGUUCCGCGGCGACGAUGGAAGUGUUUAUACUGUUGUGUUGGAGUCUUAUAUCGUAGAUGUGCCCGAAGGCAACACGAAGGAGGAUACCAAGAUGUUCGCGGAUACGGUUGUGAGGCUUAAUUUGCAGAAACUUGCUUCUGUAGCCGUUGCUUCUGCAAAUUCUAACUCUUCUUCUUCUUCUCCUCCUUCUUCUUCUUCGGCUGUAUGAGAUUAUACGUACGUAAUUAAGUGUUCGAGUUGUAUAUUAUAUCUAUAUCUAUAUGCAUAUCCAUGCAUGAAUUAAUAAAGUCAACAAUCUAUGUUAUUUUA